AUGGCUCAGAAGCAAGCUUCAGACAAGGCGCCGUCGCUUUCGUCUAUUCCAAACGAGAUCAAGCUUUGUGUGGGAGACUUGCUCCCAAAUCCGGUUGAUGUUACUCAUCUGGCAAUGGUUAACAAACAGUUCCAUUACCUGCUCUCGGACAAAGCUCUUACGCAGGAGGCCUUUUGUCAGCUAGAGGGUACGCACGUGGACCCUUGGCGUCCCUCGGCCCUACAUGCCGUUAUCGCCUCCGAUCUCCCCCUGGAUUUCAUUAUCAAGGUCAUGGACAUCUUUCUUGAGGUCUUUCAGAAUGCUGGCUCAACGGCGUGCCCCCUCGACGGGGAUUUCACCGCCGUUUCUGGUACGUCGUUCCCUCCUCCACUCAUCAGUGCGAUCCGAAAAGGUAGGUUAGAUGUCAUGGAGGCUUUGAUUGCAAGGGGGUGUGACUUGAAUGUCACAGAAAACGGUGCAACAGCUCUGCAGGUUGCGAUGAACGGAGCUCAUGAAGAUGCAGCGCUACUCUUACUUCGGCAUUUAUCUGUCGCCGAACUUCCAACGGCAGUUCUGUACACCUCUACUGGAACGGCGGCUCGGUUGAGGAUGCCGCAUCUUCUAGCAGCAAUACUUGGGCCUAUAUCGAACUCGGUCACAAGGAAUGUAUGCCUGGAGACGGGUGUACAAUCGUGUACUGCGACACCUAAACUUGAUGGCAAUCGGGAAGUAAUCAACACCCUAGUAGCACAAGGACUGGAUCUCACCCCGAGCCAGAGUGGAAUAGAGCCCGACCCGGGAGACAGCUGCGUAACCUUGGCAUUGUUGCAUGGAUGUCCUGAGAAUGCUCGGAUAUUCUGGAGCCAUAUGGCGGCGGCAGGGCACAAAGAGUGGAUGCUCGAUAAUCCCCUGUCCUGGAUGUCGGCCACCGUUCGCCACGACUUGAACCUGCCCUUCACUAGGUGGGCAUACACCCUGCUGCAUAGCCUUGACAACCAAUCUAGGCAGAUACAACUCGAGGAGACGUGGAUCAAGUACGGUUUGCAAAUGCCAGUUGUCACGAGGGAGACUUUCAAGUUCCUGGGAACAUUUCUCCAUCCUCGUGCUACACUACAACGUCUUGGAUGGUACUGGGACGUGGCAAGCCAAACAUGGCGUCGAAGGCAGAACUAG